AGCGUGAGAGGGCGGGUAAUUGCAUAACGUUAUAACGCUAAUUGUCACGAUGCUUACAACGGUAAUGCAAUUUGGUACGGAUUACUGAGCAAAUGCAUGUAGUUAUCUAGAAUUCCCAGAUCAGGGACCACCCAAACCCGGAGUGCUCCAACCAAGCCCCAAUCAAGCGUUGGAGCAUCAGCCACCAGCCAUCCUCCAACUGGGCGCCUUCCAGCCUCGCACAGGCGUCGUCAUCACCAUUGCCGUCUGCCUGUGGACGGGACCAUCACUCCUUGAGCUUCGACACCAACAUAUUUAAUCAUCCGCCUGCUCGGCUACAGGUACUUUCCCUCGGCCUGCGCCGCAAUUCCCUCAGCAGACACGCGACCCACCCCGGUCGACUGCUCGCUUGCCUGUGCCCCUUUUCCGCCGACUCCGACCCCGAUCCCCGGGCCAAGCAAUCGACAUCAUCGGUGCCAUGUACUCGAAUUCGAACUCCUUCCUCGGCGGCAACAGCCUCCGCCCCCCCGCUCCGCAGUAUGGCGUUCCCUUCGGUGCGGGUGCUGGUCAGCCCCAGCAGCAGCAGCAGCAGCCGCCGUCGCAGCCGGGACCGUUCGUCCCGCAGGCGACCGGCUUCGCCCAGCCGCCGCUCCAGCAGCAGUACACCGGCUAUCAGGGCGUGCAGCCGCAGUUUACCGGCUUUGGCCAGGGUCCGCAGCAGAACACGUCCUCCGCCGUGCCGCCCGUGCCCGCCAUCCCCCAGCAGUACCAGCAACAGUUUCAGCAGCAGCGUCAGCAGCAGCCGAGUCCCUUUUCCGCCGCGCCGGCUCAGCCUACGCUUCAAACGCAGGCAGCGCCUCCGCCGCCCAUGAAGCCCCAACCCACCGGCUUCACCGAGAUGGCUGCUUCCUUCCAGACUGCGGGCGGCGCAAAGCCGAAGCCGAGCGUGGCCCCAAAGCAGCCCAACAAGAUCCCCAAUAUCCGCCUCUCGUUCAUUACCGCACAGGAUCAGGCCAAGUUCGAGACAUUGUUCAAGUCGGCUGUGGGCGACAGCCAGACUACCAUGUCGGGAGAGAAAGCAAGGGACCUGCUUCUGCGGUCUAGGCUAGAUGGGGACACGCUGUCUCACAUCUGGACCCUCGCUGAUACAACACGGUCAGGGCAGCUGCACUUCCCCGAGUUCGCUCUCGCCAUGUAUCUCUGCAACCUGAAACUCACCGGAAAGUCCCUGCCCUCCACAUUGCCCGAGAACAUUAAGAACGAGGUCUCCAGUAUGGUGGAUAUCAUCAAUUUCAGCGUGACCGAGGACGCAGGGCCCAGCUCCGCAACAGCCACCAACGCCCCUGAUUUCGGCGUGCGGCAAAGCACCGCCACCCCUCCCGUGAUUCAGCAUCCUCAGCCGCAGCCGUCGAACUCGCAGCUUCUCCAGGCCCAGAUGACUGGCUUUCCUACCCAGCAAACUGGGUUCCUAGGCCAGGGCCUUCAAGCGCAGCCAACCGGCAUGCCCCAGGCCACAGGCUACAACGGCCCCCGGCCGCCAAUGCCGCCCAUGCCAACGGGAUUUGGCUCCACGCUGUCUCCAAAUGCCGGGCCGGGCGGCAUGGUUGCGCCGCUGAACGCUCAGCCAACCGGGCGCCCUGGCCAGUGGGGCCUGGUGAAUACCCCAGCAACCGGGCUCCCGAACAUCGAUGCUCUGCAGGCACGCAUGAUGCCCCAGCCAGGCCGCGAGCAGCAAAACUACACCACUGCCGGGCUGCAGGGGAACGCCGUGAUUCCUUGGGCGAUCACCAAGGACGAGAAGACCAGGUACGACGCCUUGUUCCGCGCGUGGGACGGCCUGAACAAGGGGUAUAUCGGCGGCCAACAGGCCAUCGAGAUCUUCAGCCAAAGUGGCCUGGAGAAGCCCGACCUGGAGCGCAUCUGGACCCUUGCGGACCAUGGCAACAAGGGACGCCUGGAUCUCGACGAGUUUGCCGUGGCCAUGCACUUGAUUUAUCGGAAGCUCAACGGCUAUCCCAUCCCCAACCAGCUGCCUCCUGAAUUGGUGCCCCCUUCCACCAGAAACCUCAACGAAUCAAUCGGCACCAUCAAGAACAUGCUGCACCAAGAGUCGGAUUUUCGAAAGAACUCUGGCGCCGCCUUGCUGCCGCAGAAGACGGGCGUCAGCUACCUGAAGAGCCAUUCGUUCAAGGGUGUGGGUGGGCCGUUUGGUAAUCGCAAGGAUGCGACCGUCUUCAAAAACAACGACGACGAGGUGGGUUACCGGUCGAGCGCACGGCGUAGGGUCGGCGGUGCGUCGCCUCGCCCCGAGUCUCCCGCAUCUGUCGGCUCCAACGAGGACUUGACCCUCGAGCAACUGCGCAAAAAGAUCAAGGAGAGGCAGGUUCUUCUUGAUGCUAUGGAUUUCGCCGAUGAGAAGAAUGCCGAGGAAGACGAAAUCCUCGAUCGCCGUGAUCGCCGCGAAGCUGAGGAGCUUUACCGCCGCAUCAGGAGGAUCCAAGAAGAUAUCGACAAUCACCCGGAUUCUUCCCUGAUCAGCGGAGACUCGGAAGCAGAAAGGCGGGCUCUCAAGCGGCAGCUGCAGAACCUGACGGACAAGAUCCCCGAGCUAGCAUCGCAGAUCAGAAAGACCGAGAAGGCGAUUGCGGAAGCGAGACUCGAGCUGUUCCGCCUGAAGGACGCCAAAGCUCACCCAGGCAGCGCUGCCGCCAUCAUCGGGACAGGCCCGGGCGGCACCAUCACCGAGUCCGACAGGCUCAAGGCACGGGCCAAGGCAAUGAUGCAGCAGCGGACUGCUGCCCUCACCGGCAAGAAGGUCGACGCGGGGAGCAGUGAUCUGGACGCGGAGAAACGGCUUGAGGAAGAAAACAUCAAGGUGAAGACUGAGAAGGAGAACAAUGAGCGGAUGGUCCGGGACGUCGAGGACAGUGUUCGUGAGUUUGCUAAGGGCAUCGAAGACAAUCUCAAGGAAGGCGGCCAGGAUUCCACGACGGAGCACGAGAGGCGACGAUGGGAGGACGGCCUAGGCGUGGAGGACGAGGUCAGGGAUUUCAUCUUCGACCUUCAGAGGAGCAGUCGUGCCGCCCGCAUCAGAGCGCAGGAUCGGCAGGGAGGGCGGCCGGCUGCGCAGGAGCCUGUUCGGGCCGAGGUAUCUCCUUCCACUCGCGUCGAGAGCCCCUCUACGACCUCUCGUACGCCCACCCCGGCUUCUGCCCCCGCCACGGGCGGCUCUUACGCGUCGUACAAGACGCCCGAAGAGAGGGCCGCUUUCAUCAAGCAGCAGGCUGAACAGCGCAUGGCUGAGCGUCUCGCUGCCCUGGGCAUCAAGGCUCCGAUGAAGCCGGGCGAGACCGCAGCCCAACGGAUUGAGCGUGAGCGCGCCGAGCGCGCCGCCAAGCUGCGUCAGGCGGAAGAAGAGGACGCUAGGCGGGAAGCUGAGAGGCAGGCAAGGCUCGCUGAAGAGCAAGGGAUCCCGCCGCCCGCGCCGCAAGCUCCCAAGACCGAUGCUAAGAAGCCUCCUCCGCCUCCCAGCCGGAAGACGGGCAAAGCGGAGGACAGGCGUCCUGAGGAGGACCUCUCUGCAAAGAAGGCGGAAGAAGACCGUCUUGAACGGGAGCGCGAAGAGCAGGAGCGCGCCGCUCGGGAACUUGAGGAGCGCGCGAGGGCUCAAGAGGAAGAGCUUGCCCGUGAACGAGAGGAAGCCGAGGCUCGCCUGAAAGCUCUCGAGGAGCAAGUUCGCCAGGGCAAGCUGAAGAAGGAGGAGGAGAAGCGGAAGAAGAAGGCGGCACUCGCCGAAGCAAAGGAAAAGGAGGCGCAGCUGGCGCAGCGACGAGCCGAGAUCGAAGCGGCUCGUCGGCGUGAGGAGGAGCUACGCCGGCAGCUUGAGGCCAUGGAAGACGAAAGCUCGUCGUCGGACGAUGAGGGCCCGGAACAAAUCACCCCUCAAGCGUCGACUCCGACGCUAGGCGACAGCCAGAUCGUCCACCAGGAGCCUGAGCGAAAACCGACACCACCGCAACCGACACCACCGCAACCGACACCACCGCCAGCGACUGUAGCCUCGGUGCCGCAGAUAGUGACAUCAAGCCCUCCCACCGAGACGGAGAGUCGCAAUCCCUUCUUCAGGAUGAUGUCGCAGUCCUCUGACGCAUCUUCCGCCGCGGCGCCUCCGCCGGCACCGGCACCAGCACCCUCAGUGGCGCGGCCGCCGCCUCCCCAGCCCGACGUCUCGACGAACCCCUUCCACCGCAUGACACAGGCGGCCCCCCCGACUGCUCCAUCGAUUUCCGUCCAGCAGCGGCGCCUUGACGACGAUGGCUGGGGCUCGGACAAGGAAGACGAGGAGGAAGACUCGGACGACGACAGGCCGGGCGGUGCGAGUGCGGCCCAGCUGGCCUCGAUCCUCUUCGGCACCAUGGGGCCGCCGCGCCCGCUGUCCGCCACUGGCGACAAGGCCACCGCGUCCCCCCCGCCCGUAAGCUCGCCAGUCGCACCGCCGCCUCCUUCCGAGUCGGCCCCGCCCGCCGCGGCGUCACCGCCAGCGCCGCCUCCCCCUCCCCCAAUGCCCGGCGCUGCCGGCCCAGCCGCUCCGCCUCCUCCGCCUCCUCCGCCGCCGAUGCCUUCCGCCGGAGCUCCGUCUGCUCCUCCACCGCCCCCACCGAUUCCCGGCAUGGCGCCGCCCCCUCCGCCGCCGCCGCCGGCAGCGGGCGAUCUGCCCGCGCCGCCCCCGGCCGGCGGUCGCCCGGCAGGGUUCCUGAGCGAGAUCCAGGCGGGCAAGACCCUCCGGAAGACGGUGACGCGAGACAGGAGCGGGGCGGCUGUGGCCGGCACCGUGCUAAAUUGAUAUCACUUUACUGGUUCAUGCGCCGUCGUGGCAAGUGGAAAGUGUGCAGUCCUCCUGCCGGGCACCCAUCCGACUGGCAGGCGGCUGGCGGUUUCGGAGAAACCUGGCGGGGAGAGACACCAAGUUGGGUGUGUGGGGGUGUUAAUAGGGGUUUCGCUGGGGUUGGGUCGGCUUGUGCGAAGCACUCGGCUGCGGCUGGGCUGGUGAGGUCGCAAGGUAUGGAGGGUACCGUCGCCUACUCGUUCAGGUACCUUACCUGCGGGAGCGG